AUGUCUGCUUCCGCCGCGAUCGCCCCGACAUCUGCGAUAACAAUCCUCGCCUUCCCACACACACCUCUCUCCUCGGACAUUGAUCCGGCCUCUGUCCUCUCCCCACGCCAGCUGCCCCCACCAAGAAUACAUUUCCUGCUCAGCCACCCCCUCUCUUCCUCCCCUCCAUUAAAAUCCACUACACGCGUCUCCGUCCCUCUCGGCCUCGCACAAGCUCUCCACGACCCUAGUAGUGCCCUCUGCCCCGCCCUUUCCACCCGUCCAUUGCGUGCAAAUGACCAGUCUAAGCCCACUUGGGCCAUAUUGAACGACCUACGUACUCUCCCGAGGCCAGGUGAGGCGCGCUCCCCCUCACGUGCGGAUCCUGCGCAUCACAGCUGA